AUGAAUAAUCACGAUGAGCCAGUUGAGCGUAAAUUCUCAGUGCCGCCACCAAGAGAAUUCAAAUUCUCACCAGUUAUACCGCGGAUUAACACUGAUAAUGCAAGAAAAACUGGAAAUAAAAACAAAAAAUAUGGACCUGAUUUCACAUGUAAGUUUGUUUCGGAAAACAAAUGUUUCACAUAAGAGAAAACUUGAAAAUGCAAAGUUCGUGAGUGUUUUCCCAAGUGUCGCCCAUUUUUUAUCUUGUAAAACAAGGUGCCCUCAAAAACAAUUCAUUUAAAAUUUCAUUCUUCUUUUCCCCUUUUUCUUCCCGCUUUGAAAACGAAAACCAAACCAACUACUCGAAAUUGCACACACACAAGACUAUUGUUUUUCUCUCUUUCACAACCAUGGAAUUUUUUUCUCCCAAAAUGAUGAAAAAUCUAAUUUACCCUUCCUUUUGGUGGAGCUUGUUUGAAAAGGAUAUGUGAAAGAAAGAAAUAAAACAAAACACGACACGACAAAAAGUGGAUAUUAUUUUAACUUUACUUGUUAUUUUAUUACUUAACUAAUUCAUUUUGAUCAUGUUGUAUGCGGAAAACUAUUUUACUCCAAUUUUUCUAAUGGGUAGAUCAAAAAAAGGUUUGUCUUCUCUUUUCUGUUUCUUUUAUUUUCGAAAAUUUGAUUUGGGAAUUGGAACUUUUUCACAUUGUCAGGUCUUUUAGAUUGGAUUCCAGUUGUUGAGUUAGUCUAACUAAUUUGUAUUUACUUCUCUACGUAAAGUAUUUCUAAUCUGAAGAACACAAUGAAUAUAUAAAUAUAGAACCUGAACCUGAACCUGAACCUGAAAUUUUCCAAAAUUAACUUUCAGUUAUGAAUUCCCCUUUCUCUCACUAUUUAUAAGAUAAUUUUUUGAGAUCACUUUUUUGAACAAAAAUCACUCAUCCGAGAGUAAUCACCUUUUGAAGCAUAACUAGCCUUCAUCUAAUUUGCUCAGAGAUUCAUUUUUGUUUUAUCAUUCAUUGUCUGCUAUUAUAUUGUCCUCUAGAAUAUUUUACAUCAAAUUUCCGGGCUAUUUUUCAGAGAAAUUAACUAACUUUUCUUGCAGAAAUUCUGUUUAAUUUAUUUUCGAAACCUUUGGAACAUUUUCAAUUUGAUCUUUCAACCUUCUAUUGAAAAGUUGUUUUUUUCGCCUAAUUUUAUUUAAACCAAGAAAAAAAUUUGAAACAGAUGAAAAUACAAAACCAACCAAACACAUAUGAAAGCACUUUCAACAUUAUAAAAUAUAUUCGUGGAUAAUUCGAUUUUUCCGGCUUUUCCUUUUCAUUUUUUCUACUUUUCAAAAAAGUGGAAAACGAAAAGAAAAAAAAAAUCAUUUCCUAUCCAACUCAUUUUUUUUUCGAAAAAACGUUUUUCCACUUCAACAAAAAAUUCUAGAAUUAUUUUAUUCUUAUUUUUCUCAUGUUUUUAUAAAUAAAUAAAAUAAAAAUAUGAAGAAAAUAUAGAUAUAUGUAGAUGUCAAAAACAAAAGUGUUCGUUCGUUCCAAAAAAUAUCUAUUUGAAAUUUUUCCAGAGAAAUAGAGACUUAGACAAUCCUAUUUGCUAAUGCAAUUUUCUCUUCUGGAACAGAACGUUUUUGUUUUUCGUCAUUUUUUAUCUCAUUCUUUUUACAACAAAAACUUUACUUUUAAACCGCACACUAACACAAAAAAAUUGUUAAAGUGCAUAUCCGAUCAAAAUAUCCGGUUCUUUUUUAAAUCGAGAAACUUUUUUGUAAUGUAAUUCGAUCUAUAAGCUAACAGCUAACAUAUAUUUUUGCUAUCUACUUGGACUUUUUGUCUCUAAUUUGUAUCUAAUAAAGAUUUGAUGAAAACUCGCGAAUCGACUUCAAGCUCAACUUCGAUUAUUUUACCGGCUGUCAAGAAAAAGGAUUAUUUCAAUGUUGAAGGUUUUUUACAAUAAAUUCUUUUUUUUUUUGUUUUAAUUUUCAAAUUAUUGUGAAAAACAGAAGGGCAAAACUGGUUAAAUUGUUCAAUUCCAAAUAAAAGCUGUUAUUUUUUCAGCAAACAUCCAAAAUGAAUUCGGUGUAUGUGGAUGGAUUUUGACAAUUUUGUCAUAUCUUCUCAUUUUCUUCACACUUCCAAUUUCAGCAUGCAUGUGCAUCAAGGUUCGUUUUUGUUUAUGUGUUUUUCAAAUAUAAAAUGAGCAAAAAAACAUCAAUUAUUUUUUUGCAGGUGGUUCAAGAAUACGAGAGAGCUGUCAUCUUUCGACUUGGUCGUCUAAUGCCGGGUGGAGCAAAAGGACCUGGUUAGUUAAGGGAUAAAGAUUAAGAAAACAUGAAGAAAAUAGGUUGAAGAGGAUAUUAUAAUGCUUGCGAAAAACAUCCGGUGAUUGAUGUGAAAAUUGUAUGUGCUCUGGAUUUUAGGUUCUAGAAUUUUCAAAUAAACUUUCAUUACAUUCAAAAAAUAUUGAUAAGAUUAUUUUCACACGGUGUGCUUUUCUUUACGUCGCUUAAACAAAACGACCGUCGUCAAAUUUUUCUGCUAAAGAGGGAUAAGCGCGCUCUAAUGAUAAAACGAACACUCGCUGCAUUUGCUGCCCCAUUUUCUCUGCGUCUUUUUCACAAAACUAUGAUUUUUUUUUCAUUUUUUUCGCGACGGGUAUUUGCGUAAAGAAAAGCGCACCGUGGUCAGAAUGCUUUCAAAAUGUUUCAAAAUCCUGAUUUCAUUUUCUGAAGUAAUCACUUUCAUGCAUCCGAAUAAUUUUUUGUUAAUAUUGCAAUAAAAAUUCUGCAACAGUUUUUUUUUCAAUAUUUCCAAAUUCUUUAAUAUUUUUCAGGUAUUUUCUUCAUUGUUCCUUGCAUUGAUACAUAUCGAAAAGUUGAUUUACGUGUUCUUUCAUUCGAAGUUCCACCUCAAGAAAUUCUUUCAAAAGAUUCUGUAACUGUUGCCGUCGACGCUGUCGUCUAUUUCCGAAUCUCAAAUGCGACAAUCUCUGUGACAAAUGUCGAAGACGCAGCAAGAUCUACAAAAUUGCUUGCUCAAACCACUUUGAGAAAUAUUCUUGGUACCAAAACUUUGGCUGAAAUGCUUUCUGAUCGAGAAGCCAUCUCGCAUCAAAUGCAGGUCAGUUUUUUCUCACUGUUUUUGUUUUAGAAAAUCUUGAUGUUUGCCUGCUUGGCUGAUAAAUAAAUGAAAAUAAUUUAGACAACACUCGAUGAAGCAACCGAACCUUGGGGAGUGAAAGUCGAACGUGUCGAAGUCAAAGAUGUCCGUCUUCCAGUUCAACUUCAACGUGCCAUGGCUGCUGAAGCCGAAGCUGCUCGUGAAGCCAGAGCCAAGGUAAAUCAAAAAAAAAAGUUUAUCAAAAAAAAAUAGUAUAAUUUGAAGAGAGUUCUCAAAUGAUUGUCAGCAUAAGAGUUAAUAUCAAUUUUUGCCUGAAAUCAUUUGUUUUGACUCGAAAAAUAAGGAUUUGUAAAACUGGAAGAUUUUCCAGAUUUACUUAUUCCAGAUUUAAAUUGUGAAUUUAAGGUUAUUGUUGCUGAAGGAGAACAGAAAGCAUCCCGAGCUUUGAAAGAAGCUGCUGAAGUCAUUGCUGAAAGUCCAUCUGCUCUUCAACUCCGUUAUUUGCAAACGCUCAACAGUAUCUCGUGAGUUUCUUUUUCAAUAAAUUUCAUGAUGGAAUUCGAAAAGCCAUUUUUCUAUAUUUGUUGAUAUAUUAAGGAGAAAACAUUAGAAAUUCAAUCUUUUUGCAUUUUUCAGAGCCGAGAAAAACUCUACAAUAAUCUUCCCAUUCCCAAUUGAUCUUCUCAGCGCUUUCUUACAACGACAACAACCAAAAGUGUGAGUACCUCUUCCAGUCAAACAAGUGUGUUUUUUGCUUUAUCACACAAUUUCAGUGACAAUUUUCAAACACAAAUGCAAAAAAUGGCAGCCACAUCGUCUUGA